AUGAUGAAGUUGAUAAAAGAAUCUCUUACUAAUAUUACAUAUUUCUAUCCAAUGAAAGAAACAUCGAAUUCGGACCGUUUGUCUAUGGCUAGGAUAAGUCUUGGAUCCAAGGGAAGCAAGAUACAACUCUUAACUAACCAUUUUAGAGUUGGCCUUAGCAAGAACAAUGGCUACUUCUAUCACUAUAAUGUCGCUUUAUGUUAUCAAGAUGGACACUUGGUUGAAGUGAAAGGUACGAGGAGAAAAGUCAUAGACAAACUUUGUGAAACGUAUGAUGUAUUAAAACACAAGAAUUUUGCAUACGAUGGCGACAAAAGCUUAUUCGCUCUUGGUUCUCUACAUCAUAAUAAACAAGAAUUCAUUGUUGUGUUAGAAGAAGUUUCAUCAAUGAGGGUUGGAAGAAACCCCUAUGAAGCAACCAAGAAAAUGAGGCGUCAAUCUCGGUCUAAAACUUUUAAGGUUGAGAUUACAUAUUUAGCUAAAAUCCCAUUACAAGCGAUUGCAAAUGUAGUACAAGGUCGAGAAUCUGAGCAUUAUCAAGAAGUAUUGAAUGUUCUAGACGUAAUAUUGAGCCAGAAUGCGACAAAGCAGGGGUGUCUUCGUAUUCGCCAAUCAUACUUUAAUGAUAAUCCAAGGAAUAUUACAAAUAUCGAUGGUGGUGUUCAAUGUUGUCGCGGUUACCAUUCCAGCUUCAAAGUCACACAAAAGGGUUUAUCUCUCAAUGUUGAUGUGUCAACUACAUUACUUUUAAAGCCUGGUCCUGUAGUGGAUUUCCUUCUCCAGAACCAAAAUGUUCAGCAAACAAACUUGAUUGAUUGGACCAAGGCAAGAAGAAUGCUGAAAAAUAUUAGAAUCAAGGCUAACAAUAGAGAGUACAAAAUCACUGGACUAAGUGAAAUGUCUUGCAGGACAGAAAAAUUUUUAAUUAAAAAUGGAAAUGAUGUUAAUGGUCAAAUGAAAUUAAGUGAAAUAACAGUUUAUGAAUACUUCAAACACAAGAAAAAUAUUGAACUCAACUAUUCUAUUGAUAUGCCAUGCAUCAAUGUUGGCAAAUCAAAGAAUCCAACUUAUUUUCCUAUUGAGUUAUGCACAUUAGUCUCGUUACAACGAUACACUAGGGUACUGUCAAAUAAGCAAAGAGCUCAAAUGAUGUUGCAGUCGAAGAAUAGUCCUCAUGAAAGAAAAGAAGCUUUGCAAUAUUCUUUAAAAAAUAGUAGAUAUGACUCUGAGCCUAUGUUUCGCUCUUUCGGAAUUACUAUUGAACCUUGUUUUACUCAAGUCGAUGGUCGUGUUUUGCAACCUCCAACGGUUGUUGUCGGAAGCGGGCUUAACAUUUGUCCCCGAAAUGGGAGCUGGAAUUUGAAUGAUAAGAAACUAGUUGAACCUGUGGAGAUUAAGCGUUGGGCCAUUGUAAACUUUUCAUCGCGGUGUGCUGUAAAACAUUUGGGCAGUUUGAUUAAAAAAUGCUCUGAAAUGAAAGGGAUGCUCAUACAUCGUCCGUUCGAUGUAUUUGAAGAGGACAGUCGCUAUAGAAGUGAGUCGCCAUCUUCUAGGGUUGCUAGAAUGUAUGAAAAGUUAAAGGCCAAGAUGCCUGGACCCCCUAAGGAUCCUCCGGCUCAACUUCUUUUGUGUAUCCUACCGGUUAAGAAUUGUGAGCUUUAUGGUCCUUGGAAAAGGAAAUGUCUUGUUGAUGAAGGAAUUGCAACACAAUGCAUUGCUCCAACACAAAAUAUUAAUGAUCAUUACAUUAAUAAUGUACUAUUGAAAAUCAAUGCAAAGCUUGGUGGGAUGAAUUCAUUAUUGUUAUCCGAAGUUACGCGUUCCAUACCAUUGUUUUCUAACAUACCUACAUUGGUUAUCGGAAUGGAUGUUUCACAUGGAUCUUCGUAUCAAUCAAAUGUUCCGUCCAUUGCUGCGGUUGUGAGCUCGAGAUAUUGGCCUCAAAUUUCACGUUACAAAGCUGUAGUCCGCGCACAGCCAUCAAAAGUAGAGAUGAUUACAUCUCUAUUCAAGCCUGUUUCAGAUGCUAAGGAUGACGGUAUCAUCUGUGAGUUGCUUAAGGACUUCCGCGCAACUUCAGGAAUGAAGCCUAAACAAAUUAUAAUUUUCAGGGAUGGAGUGAGUGAUUCACAGUUCAACCAGGUUCUCGACAUUGAAUUAGAAGAAAUCAUAAAGGCAUGCAAACAUUUAGAUGAAAAUUGGUGUCCAAAGUUUACUGUGAUUGUUGCUCAGAAGAAUCACCAUACUAGAUUCUUCAAACCCAAUGCUCCUCAAGAAAAUGUUUCACCUGGAACUGUUAUUGAUAACACUAUAUGUAAUCCCAAAAACAAUGACUUCUACAUGUGUGCACAUGCUGGAAGGAUUGGUACAAGUCGCCCUACUCAUUACCAUCUUUUAUUUGAUGAAAUUGGAUUCUCAGCAGAUAAUUUGCAAGAAUUAGUGCAUUCUCUAUGUUAUGUGCACCAGAGGAGCACAAGUGCCAUAUCAAUAGUUGCACCAAUAUAUUAUGCUGACCUAGCAGCUGCUCAGAUGGCACAUUUGAUGAAAUUUGAUGAGUCAGAGACUCUUUCCAGCCACAAUGAAUCCACCUCUGCAGAUAUAUCUCAAGUUCUCGAGUUACCACGUCUUCAUGAACGAGUUGCCAAUUCUAUGUUUUUUUGUUAGUGUUUUGUUUCAUUGAAACUCAUAUGAGUUGAAUGUGUUGAGAGUAAUUCAAUUGUAACCGAUGUCAGU